AUGGCUCGGCCGCGGGUGUGGCUGGUGGUCACCGCGGACGACUUCGGUUACUGCCCACGACGCGAUGAAGGCAUUGUGGAGGCCUUCCUGGCCGGGACCGUGACCAGCGUGUCCCUGCUGGUCAACGGCGCGGCCGCUGAGAGCGCGGCAGAGCUGGCCCGCAGGCACAGCAUCCCCACGGGCCUCCACGCCAACCUGUCCGAGGGCCGCCCAGUGGGCCCGGCCCGCCACAGCACCUCGUCGCUGCUCAGCCCGGAAGGCUUCUUCCUUGGCAAGAUGGGAUUCCGAGAGGCGGUGGCGGCUGGAGACGUGGCUUUGCCUCAGGUGCGGGAGGAGCUAGAGGCCCAACUAAGCCGCUUCCGGGAGUUGCUGGGUAGGGCCCCCACGCACGUGGACGGGCAUCAGCACGUGCACGUGCUCCCAGGUGGACAGAUGCCUUCGUGGGCCUGA